AUGGAUUUGCAAUGUUUUAUCAUUUUUUCAUCAGGUGGCGAGGGCCAGGAGCAUGGCCCCGUGUUCUUGAUGGAGCCGCCGUCGAGGCUGGUGUUCUCCAACAGCACGGGCGCCAGGGUCUCUUGCGCAGCCCACGGCUUCCCCACGCCUCAACUCGCUUGGCAGCAGCCAGAUGGCACCCAACUAGAUGACAUUCCUGGUCUAAGACAAGUCCUGGAUAAUGGCACACUGGUGUUCACACCGUUUGCAGCGAUCCAGUAUCGUCAAGACGUCCACAGCACGGUCUACCGCUGUCGAGCGCACAACUCACACGGCGCCAUCGUAUCACGAGACAUGCGCACGCAAGCAGUCGUGUGGCAGGACUGGCAAGUACAUGUUACAUCGACACCAGCAGAAGUGGGAGGUCUAGCGUUACUGACGUGCACCACACCAGCCGCGGUCAGAGAACACGCCUCAGUUGCAGCGUGGUAUAGAGACGAUGCUGUUCUGUCUGCUGGUGAUCAUUUUUCGGGACCUACGUUGUCAGUGGACGAGGGUUGGAAGCUGAUUGUAAGAUCGGUACGAGUAGACGACGCAAGCGCUCAGUAUUCGUGUUCAGUGCUGGACUCCCUCACCGGGGAGAGACGUCGGAGCUCACCUAUUAGUAUUGAUGUUGCGCCAAUGAGCUCCUCAUCAGCGCCUCGUGCUAUUGCACCUGGCACGUGGGAAACGAGCGCGCGGCGCGGAGGGGACGCAGUACUUCCCUGCAUGGUUUAUGCCAACCCACCCCCUACAAUCACAUGGUACAGAGAAUCAACCAGUGGAACUCUCCGAGAAAUACGCGAAGGCGAAGGAGGGGGUCGCUACAGUUUCUCAUCUGACUCUCUCACCAUCAGACGAGCUGAGCUUUCUGAUGAUGGGCGGUGGGCUUGUAGAGCUGCCAACGCUCACGGACACCUCACUCUGAAGCUGCACUUAUUUCUACGAGCACAUUUGACUGUCCAUGCACAACCUCAUACACAGGUAGUAAACAGUGGUGGAACUGCUACCAUCAACUGUACUUGGGCAGGCUGGCCGUCUCCACGCCUCGAGUGGCUUCAUAACGGUAUACCAGUAUCUGGUGUAACCGGAGGACGAGUUCGCGUGCAAAACAACGGGGAACAGCUAGUUAUUGCGUCAGUGCAACGUUCAGAUAAAGGAAUGUAUCAGUGUGUUGCCAGAAACGAGAGAGAUUCAGCGCAAGCUACUGCUGAGUUGAAGUUAGGUGAUACGGCUCCAGAACUCCAGUACACGUUUAUCGAACAAGUACUAAGGCCGGGUCAGGUCGUCACCCUCAAGUGCUCCGCUGUAGGCUCGCCCCCGCCGCACUUCACCUGGCUUCUUGACGGACAGCCACUCAACACCAUGGCGAGGGGGCACAGAUACAGCAUCGAACAGUUCGCAACGAAAAGCAACGAAGUCGUUAGCUACCUCAACAUAACCGCGGUGAGGUCUGAGGACGGCGGCCUGUACACUUGCAGAGCGGCCAACUCUCUCGCGGAAAUAUCUCACACCUCCAGACUUAACAUUUACGGUCCGCCGUACGUACGAUCGAUCGGGCCUAUACGAGCCGUGGCUGGGAGAGAAUUGAUCUUAUAUUGCCCGUACUCUGGAUACCCAAUCAGUUCUGUACGAUGGGAACGUGAUGGCAACCAGUUGGAAUGGGAGGGUAGCUCAAAUUCAAUUGGUACAAGCACUGCGGGUGUAGGGGUGACAGGUGCACUACGAAUAGCAAGAGUAGAAGCGAGCAGCGCCGGGGCAUACACUUGUAGUGCAGUUGGGCCACAUGGGGAGAUCGCGCGCAGAGAACUACAGCUGAUAGUCAGCAAUCCCCCAGAAAUCGAACCAUUUACAUUUUCCACUAACCUACAAGAAGGAAAACGUGCUCAAGUCAGCUGUAGUGUUGCAUCCGGUGAUAUGCCAGUACGCUUCGCCUGGCUAAAGGACAACGCACCUAUACCAGCUGAUUUACAGGUCGAAGAACGCGGAGCGGAAUUUUUCAGCAACCUCGUAUUCAAAGAGGUAUCAGCUCGGCACAGCGGUCUAUACACGUGUGUCGCGUCCAACAACGCGGCCAAAGUUAACUUUACCGCCGAGCUGAGCGUCAAAGUCUCUCCAAAAUGGUUGAGGGAACCAAGCGAUGCAGCGGUGUUGGCAGGCGAACCCCUUGCACUGCACUGUCAUACAACCGGAUCACCCGAACCUCUGACCACGUGGCUCAAGCAGAGAGCGGGAUCUGCAUCAGAUUUUGAGCCGCUCGUAAAUUUGGGUGGGAGGUUCCAGUUCCUGUCAAACGGCACAUUGUGGAUCGAGGCAGCACUCCCCUACGAUGAAGGAUACUACAUGUGCAAAGCGGAAAACGGAAUUGGAACUCCGCUCUCUAAGACUAUUUUUGUAGCUAUUAAUGAACCAGCACGUUUCGAGGUAACAUCUCACAACGUGUCAGCGAGGCGCGACUCGGGCGCCACACUCGCUUGCGAGGCCCGCGGGGACGCGCCCUUACGCCUUACCUGGUCACGUGACGGCUCACCUAUCGACCUCUCUACGUAUAGAUUAAGUAUAUCGGAGGCAAAGACUGAUAGUGGUUUGAGGUCCCAACUCUACAUCAGCCGCACAGACCGCCAGGACUCCGGCGUGUACAAGUGUCAAGCUGUCAACGCCUAUGGUCACAGCGAUCACUACAUUUAUUUAUCCGUCCAAGAAAAACCCGAAACGCCUCAAUCGCUGUCCGUGACGGAGAUACAGUCGCGCGCCGUGCGGCUGUCGUGGAGCCAGCGCUUCGACGGCAACUCGCCGCUGCUGGGCUACGCGCUGCAGCACGAGGCGCUGCCGGCGCACGGCCCGCUGCGCGCCGCGCGCUGGCCCGCCGCCGCGCUCAACGUGUCGCUGCACGCCGCGCUCUCACACUCGCCCGUCACACUAACAAAAAAAGGCGAUAUUCACUACGAGGCGCUACUCAGUAAUCUGCAGCCUCACACCGCCUACAUGAUACGCAUCGCUGCCAUUAACCAGAUUGAUCGCAGCGAUUUCACUGAACCCGUUGUUGUGAAGACACAAGAAGAAGCGCCGUCCGAGGCGCCGUCCGCGGUGUCGGCGGCGGCGGGCGCGGCGGGCGAGCUGCAGGUGUCGUGGCGCGCGCCGCCGCGGGCCGCGUGGCACGGCGAGCUGCUGGGCUACGCCGUGAGCUGCACCGAGCUGGCGCAGGACCCCGCGUCGCCCAACGCCACCAGAACCUUAACAGUCAAUGGAUGGUCGGCAACAGAAUUGACUCUCUCAGCACUGAAAAAGUUCACACGCUAUGAAAUACGCGUCAGAGCUUUCAAUGGUAUCGCCGCCGGACCUGCUUCACCUCCCGUCACUGCCACCACUUCAGAAGGAGUUCCUGAGGCGGCACCGUCACGAGUGAUAUGUGAAGCGAUUUCAUCAUCAAGCAUGAAGGUGUCAUGGACACCGCCGCCACCAGAACUCCGAGCGGGGCUUAUACAAGGGUACAAGGUCAUCUAUGCAGCCAUAUCAACAGAUCACGCAGAAGGAGCAGAGUUGAAACGCGUGACAACAACAGAGACAUACCUGCACGCGUUGCACAAGUAUAGCAAUUACUCGAUACAAGUGGCGGCUUACACCGCGGCGGGAGACGGCAAGCACAGUCCGCCCGUGUACUGCAUGACUGCAGAAGACGUUCCAUCCGCACCUGAGAAGAUCAAAGCGUUACCGUACUCGAUGGACUCUGUACUCGUGAGCUGGCUUCCUCCGGUACAUCCCAAUGGCAUUAUAUCCCAUUACACCGUCUACUACAGAGAAGCGGGGCGGUUAGGUAAGCACUCAAGCUUCACGGUGUCAGCUGAUAAGAACCCUGAGAUAGAGCUGAUGUACCAAGUGAGGAACCUCAAGGAGACUCAGCUGUAUGAGUUCUGGGUGUCCGCGACUACGGGCUCAGGGGAGGGGGAGUCAACGCUCGUGGUUGGACAAGGACCAAGCUCGAGAAUCCCGGCAAGAAUCGCGUCGUUCGGCGGCUCGGUCCGCGCGGCGGCGGGCCGCAGCGCGCUGCUGUGGUGCUCGGCGGUGGGCGCGCCCGCGCCGCGCACGCGCUGGGCGCACGCGCGCGCGCCGGUCACGCACCACCGGCACUACCAGGUCACGAGGAGCGGCCACCUGCACAUCAGAGAAGUAAACGAGCAGUCGUCGGGUAACUUCACGUGCACGGCAACAAACAGUAUCGGAGAGGACUCCAUCGUGUACUCCGUGCGCGUCGUGCUGCCGCCCGGCGCGCCCGCGCUGUCGCUGCAGUACACCACCGCCACCAGCAUCAAGUUGCACUGGCGCAUGCCGGACUCCGACCAGCCAGUACUUGGAUACAUUCUUCACUACAAACAAGCAUCAGAAACGGAAUGGCACAGCGUAGAAUUGUCUCCAGAACAGACUUCAUACACGAUGGAUAUGCUCAAAUGUGGUACCACGUACAACGCUAAGAUUCAAGCACAAAACAAGAUAUCAUUGGGUCCACCCAGUGAAGUACUGACCGCAACGACUAGAGGAGGAAGACCAAAAGCACCGAAGCCAGAGGAACACGUACAUUCAAACGCAACUGCCAUUAAAAUAAACUUGUACGCAUGGCGCGAUAGCGGAUGCCCCAUACUCGGUUUCCGCGUCUCCUACCGUCGUGCCGGUGACGAACAUUGGAUACAGGCGGGGUCGGGGCUGAGCGCGGCGCGCCACGUGCUGGGCGCGCUGGCGCCGGGCGCGUGGUACGAGCUCGCGGUGGAGGCGCGGAGCGACGCGGGCGUCGAGCGCGUCACGCUCCUCGCCGACACGCACACGCUGGCCGGAGGCCGCAUUCCUCCACUGAGCGCGGCGCCGGCGGCGGGCGGGGCGCGGGGCGGCGGCUCGCGCGCGGCGCUCGUGUGGUGCGCGGCCAGCGCGCUCGUGCUCGUGGCCGCGCUUGCAGCGCUGCUGUGCCUGCUGCACGCCAAGCGGAAAUUUUUCUGCCUAUCAAAUGACCACUAUUUGCGGGAUAACAGAAAACUGAGCGAAAGUAACGAAGCCGAAAGGGAGAAACUUCGGGAUGGUCACAAACUCUACUCAUCAUCAUCAAUAAAUGGCAAUGAAAAGUCUAAUGAUGAUUCAUCAGCAGAGCUGUACGAGAUAAGCCCGUACGCGACGUUCGGCGGCGCGGCGGCGCACUCGCUGCAGUUCCGCACGCUCGCGCGCCGCGACGACGACGCCGCGCCGCCGCACCGCCGCCGCCGCCGCGCCUGCGACCACUACCGAUACGACGAGUCCAGCCUGUCGAAGUGCUCGACGGUGGAGGCGCGCCACCGCCUGCGGCCGGCCGCCGCGCCCGCGCAGCCGCCCGCGCACUGGCGCGAGCGCUCCGACUCCGACGACUACAGCGACAGCGCCGCCAACCUCACCAAGGGUUCGGGCGGCUCGGGCGGCGGCAGCGCGUACGGCAGCGGGCGGCGCACCGCCAGCAGCGGAGGUCAAAACAGCAGCGACGGACUCUCCGGCUGCUUCGCGCCCGUGCCGCCCGAUAUAUCUUCAUUGAUAGACAAAUACCAGCAGAGAAAAGAACAAGAACGUCGGGAAUGCACGAUCCACGUGUAA